UUUUAAAUAAUUAAAUGUCUGACGACGAAAAUCAAUUCGAACAAGGAAAUGCCGGAUCAUCCCAUACCUACACAGAAAGUGCAGGAUCAUUAAAGAAAGGAGGAUACGUCAUGCUUAAAGGACAUCCUUGCAAGAUUACUGAUGUUUCAACAUCUAAAGCAGGAAAGCAUGGUCAUGCUAAAGUAAUUUUAUUAUUUACAUAUUUAGGCAUCCAUUGUUGGAAAAGAUAUCUUCACAAACAAAACUUAUGAAGAUUCAGCACCAACAUCUCACAAUAUUGAUGUUCCAUUUGUUACUAAAAAGGAAUAUACUUUGAUGGAUAUUCAAGCUGAUGGCUUUGUCAUUCUUAUGAAUGAAGAUGGAUCAACAAAAGAAGAUCUUAAAUUACCUGAAACUGAAGAUGAUUUCAACUUGGUUAAAGAAAUUAGAGAUUAAUUUGAUGCUGGAAAGUAUAUAUUCAUAUUUAUAUUCAGGGAUUUGUUGAUUGCUGUCCUUUCAGCUAUGGGAGAAGAGAAGAUUGUUAGUUGCAGAGAAGCUUAAGAUAAAUGAUUUACAUUAAAUACAUUAGUAAAUAUUUUAUUGUAAAUAUAAAUAUAUA